CUUACACGGACGUUUUCACAAGCAGAAGAUGGGAUCUGAAACGGACGGAUUCGCAAGCGUGAGGAAACGGAUGGAUGAUGGGACACUUUCACAGUACCUGUAUUCCAAGUCAUUAGCUCAAGGCCAGACCUGUAAAUAUAAGAAGCCAGGUGGUCAGAAGUUUCCCCAGCAGCUGCUGUCAAAGCAUCCAUUAUCUGUUGAAAGUUUGCCAGCUGAGAUUUUGGUGAAGAUUUUUUCUUACUUGGAUGUUGCCUCCCUGUUAUGUGCUGGCUGUGUUAGCAAGCGCUUCAGUCUGAUAGCCAGUGACAAUGUUCUUUGGUGCAAAAUAUUCGCCUGUCGAGGUUUGGUUAAAAGAACUUGGAAGUCUUCAGCUGUAGAUAAACAUGCAGAGAGUCUUGCGCAAAUAUCUGUGCAAGAUAAACCUUUGGGAUAUUGGAAAAAAGAAUGUUUAAGAACAUGGACAUCAUCUGGAAAAGCUGGAGUAGGUCAGAUGCUACGGAGUAUAAAUAAAUUCACUGGUUUACCUAGAAGAACAGCGGAAGCUCUUAAAUCACUAGGUGUGCACUGGAUUGUUGUACUGAAGGAUAAAAGUGGGAAGGAAUUUGUUGUUGAGCCAACAGGAGUACAUUUUCAUGACACAUCUGUUACUGUGUCUUGGACUGCUGCAUUCUGGCCAAACUUGAGUUCAUUGACAGCUUUGCAAAUACAUGGUGUUACUUGGGUGCAUCUUGAUCCUUCAAGCAAAGUUCCUAAAAAGAACUGGCCACGUCGGCGCUCACUUGUGACAGAAUAUGACCUGACAAAUCUGAAGGCAGUCAGUGUACCCAUUGCCAGUGACAAGCUUAUUCAACUUUCAUGUUUGACUCCUGGACUUCUGAUGGCACUUUGGAAGGAAGGUGUAGGAAUCACAUUUGUUAUGGCCUGCCUUCAUUAUUAUCAUCUACUCGAGAGGAGCACUCUUGGAUCUGCUACAAGUCAGUAUCAGUUGCCACCUCAUCAGCCUCUACUAGAUGAUAUUGACCCUGACUGUGGCCUGCAUGGUUAUUAUUUGCAUAUUGAGUUACAUAACAAUGAAGAGUCAUUCAUGUCAGGUGGUUUUAGGAACUUGUUCUGCAAAAGAGAUUAUAUUCAAAAUGGUUAUUUAAGGCUGACAGCAAUAAGUUACAAGAAGACAUCAGAGCACACAGCAUUUAGUGGGAGAGUUGGCCUGUCCUGGAAGACUGAUGGUUUUGAAGGCAAAGUACAGAAUUGUUGCCUGAUGGAUGUAACUGUUUUGGAUGAUGAGGAGAAGCCAUUUUGGUGUGUUAGCACACCAGUUAGUUUGCGUCCCUCUGCUAAUUCUUCGGUUUGCUAUGACUACACAGGUCAGAGCCUCAACCUUCAUUACUGUGAUGCUGAAGGCAAGAUUCAUAUGGUUCUGGAAUGGGAAGCAGAUCAAUACUACUUAACUAAUCUUGUGCUAUACCUUAGCACUGAUAAAGUAAAUAAUUGGUUUGGAACAAAUUACUAAAUUCCUGACAUUACCUUGUUCACAGUUGCUUAUAUCUGUGGGAUCCUGAAGUAGCUUGGUGUAGAUCUCGACCAGUGACUUUAAAAUGACUGAUAUCUUAAAAGACAGAUGCACAGUAGUUCUAGCACACAGAAAUAGUGACCGUUAAGUAUAUUAAAAAGUUAAAAACUGUUUCAGGUUGAAACUGUUUUUUUAAUUUUAUUCUUUAUUUACUGCUGUCCAACUACAAACUACAUUUUCUUCAUUGAAGUUGAAUAGUUGCAUUUCAUAUUAAAAAUUGCAUUAUGUUUUUGCGGGUUUAAAUGCAUGCAACAUGCAUGCUGAUUAUUGGCUACAUUUUGUUAGUAGUCAGGCAUUUCUGUUUUAAGCAAUACAGUUCUUUAUUGUUGAUUUAGAAAGAGCUGAACACGGUUUUGUUUCUUCUCACCCUGGAUCACUUCUGUCUUUCAAAGUGUGUUUACAGUAUACCUAUUUUCGAGUAUAUUUUUUACUCAUACUGUAUAGUUUGUACUGUUUGUUUUGUUCAUGUGUUAUAACUGAAGCAUAUUAAGAUUUGUGGGUGUUUUGUUAUCUACUGAAAUAAAACUGGGCAAACAUUGAAA